AAACGAUUUGUGAUUUUCUGUAUUUCUGCCAUCAGGUGCUGAGGCAAACUUCAACAACCCUGGCAUAGGAGGGUUGAUUUUGUGUGCCAUGCCUUGCUGUUCAAUUCAGCAUUAUUUGCUCCGAGCAAUUCCAAGACAUCAUGCUUCCGCCACAAUUGGUCAGCACACAGAGGAAGCACACCAAAUGGCGUCAAGAUGCCAAGAUAGACAGAUAGAAACAUUUUUUGUCUGACUUUAAAAUAGUGUUAAGUGUCCAGUUGCAUCAGUCUUGUGCCACCUUUCAGAUUUUACUUCUCUCCUAUUGUAGUGAUGUGACGUGUAGUUCUGUGCCAUAAUAAGUGUCAUAUUCAUAUGAAAAACUUUUCGUGUAACUGUGUUAAUGUGCAAGACAAUAACUUUUUCUCAUAUUGAGAAAUAUAGACGGUAGGAUAAUGAAGAUGCUUUCACCAGAGGGUCGAAAGAAGUGGGGUGGAUCUGUGAUCAGAGUAGGAGGAAGCAACGAGUCUGCUUUGCUAUUGCCUGGAACACCACUGGGCUCAAGUAAUUCAACAUCUCUUCGACACUCAUCUUGCUUGGCUUGUCUUGCAAGACCAAUUACUGUCAAGCGAUGUGUUGCAGCAUUAGUCCUCCUCUCAACAUUAUCCAUUCUUUUCUACACCCAUUACCUUGGCAACCACCCAUUUUCAAGCCUUAUUAGACGUGAUACUAGACCAGAGCCUGCUAUACGCUGUUCGCUCUCUGGAGGCCCAUCACGCAAUGCAGCUGCUGCUCAUGAUCAUCGUUCAGCAGCUCGGCUUAGAAUAGAUGCCAAAGUCUUAGUAUUUGUUGAAACAACAUACUCUCGCUUGGGUCGAGAGAUUGCUGAGCUGCUUGUGUAUAACCGAAUAAAGUACAAAGUUGAAGUUGCUGGUAAAUCCCUUCCUAUUCUGACCAAUUCAGAUAAAGGGAAAUAUGGUGUUAUUGUUUUUGAAAACAUCAACAAAUAUUUAAAUAUGGAUAAGUGGAACAGAGAACUCCUAGACAAGUAUUGUAGAGAAUACAAAUACAGUGUUGGUGUUGUAGCAUUUCAACCUUCAUCUGAAGAAACACUUGUAGGUGCUCAACUCAAAGGAUUUCCAUUGUAUAUUCAUACAAAUUUACGACUGAAGGAUGCCGUAUUAAAUGCUGCAUCUCCAAUAUUGAGGUUAACUCGAGCUGGAGAAAGUGCAUGGGGCCAACUGCCUGAUGAUUGGACGGUCUUUCACCCGAACCACUCAACUUAUGAACCAUUGGCUUGGGCAGUGAGAGAUACACCUGGUGGGCUAGAUAAAACACCACUUCCUACCAUAGUGCAGGACCAUGGACAAAUUGAUGGAAUUCAAAGAGUUUUGUUUGGAAGUGGUUUGAAAUUCUGGCUCCACAAGCUUCUUUUCCUUGACUCUUUAUCCUAUUUAUCGCAUGGCCAACUAAGCGUAAGCCUGCAACGUUUCCUUCUUGUGGAUAUUGAUGACAUAUUUGUUGGAGAGCGGGGUACGAGGUUAAAGCAAGAUGAUGUACAAGCACUACUUGCUGCCCAGACACGUAUUCAAAAGAUGGUCCCUGGAUUUAGGUUUAAUUUAGGUUUCUCUGGAAAAUAUUUUCAUCAUGGCACUCCAGAGGAAAACCUUGGAGAUGAUACAUUACUAGAGAAUGUAGGUAAAUUCAGUUGGUUUAGUCAUAUGUGGAAUCACCAGCAACCACAUCUCUAUGAUAAUGGAACACAGUUAUCUAUGGACAUGAUGCUAAAUAAGAAUUUUGCUAAGGAGCAUGGAAUACCGACAGAUUCAGGUUACUCUGUGUCCCCCCAUCACUCUGGUGUCUACCCCGUUCAUGAGCCUCUUUAUGCAGCUUGGAAAAAAGUGUGGAAUGUGAGGGUGACUUCAACUGAAGAAUACCCACAUUUGCGCCCUGCUCGUCUUCGAAGAGGUUUCAUUCAUCGCAACAUUAUGGUACUACCUAGGCAAACUUGUGGUCUUUUCACCCAUACAAUUUUCAUAGAAAGAUAUCCAGGAGGGAGAGUGAAAUUAGAUGAGUCCAUACAAGGUGGAGAACUAUUUCAAACGAUUGUCUACAACCCUAUGAACAUUUUUAUGACUCACAUGUCUAAUUACGGAAAUGAUCGCUUAGCAUUGUACACGUUUGAAUCUGUCAUCAAAUUUGUACAAUGCUGGACAAAUUUGCAGUUGAUUUCUGUCCCUCCCCUUCAGCUUGCUGAGAAAUACUUUCAAAUGUAUCCAGAAGAAGCAGAUCCUGUGUGGGGCAAUCCAUGUGAUGAUUUGAGACAUGAAAAAAUUUGGUCUCGCAACAAAACAUGUGAACAGCUGCCCCGGUUUCUUGUUAUUGGACCUCAAAAAACGGGCACCACCGCUCUUUACACAUUUUUAUCAAUGCACCCUGAAGUGUCCUCUAAUUUUCCAAGUCAAGAUACAUUUGAAGAAAUUCAGUUUUUCAAUGGCAAAAAUUAUUACAGAGGCCUUGAUUGGUAUAUGGGUUUUUUCCCCAUUCCUACAAAUUCCACAUCACGGUUCUUAUUUGAAAAGAGUGCCACAUACUUUGAUGGUGAACUUGUUCCACGUAGAGCUCAUGCACUUCUACCUCAUGCCAAGCUUGUGACCAUUUUAAUAUCUCCUGCUCGACGAGCCUAUUCUUGGUACCAGCAUAUGCGAGCACAUGGAGAUGAGAUUGCUUUGAACUAUUCGUUCCAUCAAGUCAUCACUGCAACAGAUACUGCCCCUAAAACGCUAAGAGAGUUGAGAAAUAGGUGUCUUAAUCCUGGAAAAUAUUCUCAACACUUAGAUAGAUGGCUGUCCUACUACCCAUCUCAACAGUUGCAUAUAAUUGAUGGUGAACAACUAAGAAAUAAUCCAGUUGAAGUUAUGAAUGAGCUGCAGCGAUUUUUGAAAUUAUCUCCACCAUUUGAUUUUUCAAAGCAUCUUAGAUACGAUCCAAAGAAAGGAUUCUAUUGUCAAGUAGUAAGUGCUGACCAUAACAAGUGCUUGGGGCGCAGUAAAGGGCGUCAAUACCCUCCAAUGGAAGAACGUUCUUACAAGCUUCUUCAGCGUUAUUAUUUGUCGCACAACACUGCAUUAGCCAAACUUUUGAAAAACCAUGUUAUACCUCAAUGGCUGAAGGAAGAUCUCAGUGUUUUGUGAACAAACAUCUUCAUAAAGGAAACUGCUUAAACUGCAGUCUCUUGGUGGAUAUCUACUGUCUGCCUCAAUUUGGAUUUGAAUCAACAUCUUCUCCAUGAAAGAGGCUGUUUGGUGCUAAUAAGUCAAUUGUAAGUCAGUGCAUGCCUCUGGCAACCACAAAUUGUGUCCAGAAUGUUCUUUGUACUCCAUGAAAGUGCUACUUUCAGUAAGAAUAAUUAUUUAUCAUCUGGAAGAUGAAGUGUAUGUAAAUGUUUCACAAUAAUGUACAGAUUAUAUUUAUACAGAUGUUAUCACCAUGCCAUUUGUGUUUUGUCGUGACUUUAUAAAUUAGUAAUAUAGUUAGUUAGGCAUGAAAUGAAGAUUUAAGACUUUUUGUGGAACAAAAAUAUGCUGCUUUAUUGUACCUAAAUUGUGUUCCCAGUGUUGAUACUGAUUCCUGAUUUUGUUAAAUUGUUGAACUGUUAUUGAGUAGAUUAAAUUUUUCCUCUUGAAACUCCUUGUGUGGCAGGGAUUUGUAUCCAUGCAAACAGGCAGCAGAAAUGGACUCCUUGCACAAAAGCUAUCAUGUAUAAUGCAAAAAAAUGUUCUGUUUUCAGGAAGAAUUUGUUAAAUUUUCAGGCUUAUUUAUUGAUAUUACAACAGUCCAAAAUUGCAGGAUUUCUGGUCUUGGACUCUCUAUGUAUAAGUUGUUGCCUCUGUAGUAUGUUACUAAUGUAGUACUAUCAUGAAUUACUUGUCUGUGAUAUUCUGGUUGGUGACAAUGUGCAAGUCACUUACUUAGUUUAGUUAAUUAAUGUCUAUGACUGGAUCACCACCAGUUAGUCCACUCAUUUAUCUUCUUUCAUUUUUAUACCAUUAAUAGGAAAUAAUUCCCAACAAAUUAAGUUUUUGUCUUCUACCUGCAGAGUUUUAAAUAUGAUUGUAUCUCAGGGUAUUGCGCUAAUUGAAUCACUUGUGUUCAAUGAAUCUCUUAAAUGUGUAGUAAACAACUUUUUGUAAAUUGUAAUUGAUGUCAUAGUAUAUCUUUUUAAGAACUCAGUUUGACUACACCCUAAUGUGGUUUCAACAUAUCAUCUGCAUGUGUUCCAUAUUUCAUCAACUAAUGUCGGUUAUCAUUGUAGGUUGUUUCACAUUACCAACUUUUUGAAUUGGAAUUUUAUUGAAAUUUUAAGUUAUAACAAUUGGCACAAAGAUGUCCUUGUUUGUCAUACCAACAAUCAAAUAUGUUGAAAUAUUCAUGAUUUCUGAGUCAUUGAAACACCUCAAAAAAAUAAACAGAUAAAGACAUUA